UUUUUUUUUUUCAUCUCAUAACAUGGUUUCUUCAAGUCUCUUUGAUCCUCGUACUAUUGAAUCAACAAAAAAUACCAUUGCUGCUUUUAUCAAGACAAUGUUUUCUCAAAAACCAAAUGUAUCUACUACAGCUGUUGUAUGUUCUGCAGUUGUUGGUCUCUUUGCUUAUGAACAAUACGUAUAUUUAAAGAAAAAGAAAUCCUUACCUGGUCCUAAAUUCAAAAUUCCUGUUAUUGGUGCAUUUAUGGAUUCUCUUUAUCCUACUUUUGAAGGAUAUAUGAACAAAUGGAAAAGUGGUGAAUUAUCAUGUGUUGGUGUUUUUGACAGAUUUGUAGUGAUUGCUUCUACUUGUGAACUCAGUCGAAAGAUUUUGAAUGCACCUGCUUACGCCGAACCUGCUGUAGUGGAUUCUAUGAAACAUAUUCUUUGUGCUGAUAAUUGGGUAUUCCUUAGUGGUAAAUCUCACGUGGAUUAUCGAAAAGGUUUGAAUGUUUUAUUCACUAGAAAGGCUCUUGGUAUGUACAUUCCCAUUCAAGAAUCUGUAUAUCAAAAGCAUUUCGAUAAAUGGUUGUCAUUCAAUGGUGAAAAACAACAAUUCCAGUGGCAUUUCCGUGAACUUAAUAUGGAAUCUUCUCUUCGUGUCUUUUUGGGUUUUCACAUGUCUGAUAAGGUAGCUGAAACCAUUUCUCAAGAAUAUUUCAAUAUCACUGCUGCUUUAGAACUCGUCAAUUUCCCUAUCCCUCUUCCUGGUACCAAGGUUUACAAGGCCAUUCAAUCUCGAAAAUACAUUGUACAUCAUUUUAUUGAAGCCAUCAAGGAUAGUCGUGUGCGUAUGGACAAUGGUGGUGAAGUCAAAUCCAUGAUGGAUGCUUGGAUUUCUUCCAUGAAGGAAUAUGAAAUGGAAUGUGAACGUGAAGGAAAACCUGCUCCUCGCAAAUUCGAUGAUCGUGAAGUUGCUUUGACUAUCUUAACCUUUUUAUUUGCCUCUCAAGAUGCCACUUCCUCUGCUAUGACUUGGGCCUUCCAAUUAUUGGCUGAUCAUCCUGAUGUAUUAGAAAAAGUGCGACAAGAACAAAUCAAGGUGCGAAAUGGAAAAUUGGAUACUGAAUUGUCAUUGGAAUUAAUGGAGGAAUCAGUCUACUUGCGUCAAGUCGUCAAAGAAAUCUUACGUCUACGACCUCCUGUCUUGAUGGUACCUUAUCAAACUACUCGUGAAUGGCCUUUGACUUCUAGUUAUACUGUCCCCAAAGGUGCUAUGUUGAUUCCUACUACUUAUCCUGCUCUUCAUGAUGCCACUGCUUAUCCCAACCCAGAUUCCUUUGAUCCUGAUCGAUGGGGUCCCACUGGUCAUGCUGAAAAGUAUCCCAAGAACUUUAUGGUCUUUGGUAAUGGUCCUCAUCAUUGUCUUGGAAAAGAAUACGCCAUCAUGCAUCUUAUGGCUACUUUGGCUCAAGCUUCUUUACAAUUAAAUUGGACUCAUUAUCGUACUGAUAAAAGUGAUGAUAUCUCUAUCUUUGCCACCAUUUAUCCUCAAGAUGGUUGUAUCAUGAGUUUCCAUCCUAGAGAAACUACUGCUUAAGAUUUUAUUCAUCACUAUUAUUCUCCAUCCUUUUCAUUCACACACACGCAUAUCAUCCUUAUUUUUUUUUUCUUUUCCACCUUCUAUUGAUUCGUUCGAAACGAUAUUUCCCCUACAUUAAUUUUACUUGUCCUUUUGCCUAGUUCAUAAUAGUUUUUUUCCUCUCAGUUUUUUUUUUUUUAAUUUAUUUAUUUAUUUAUUUAUCUAUUUAUACUCUUAUUAUAUAAAAACUAUUAAUAAUAU